ACGAUGGGCGAUGCGAAGGUAAAACAGCAGCCCUUUUUCGGGAAUCAAGCGCAUCAUCAUCAUCAUCAUCAUAAUCAUCAGUCCGCUACCACGUCGAAAGCAAACGGCACACCAGCAACCAUGGCGACGGUCGUGAUAGAUCCGAAGCAUCCUGUCACAGGUGGGCUACAUCCGGGCAGUCCUCAGCAACCGGGAAAGGAGCCGAUAACGAGUAACAGCAACACACCUGUUGCAGGAAAAGAUAAGAGUCCUGCUAGCUUGAAGUAUGAACAGCUAAAACUCCGCAAGCAAGAGCUAGAAAAGCGACUAAACGAAAAGUACAGCCAGCUGCAGCAAAUAAAGCGCGAAGAAGCACAGCUAAUCGGAAUGUAUCCAAGCGAUUUUAGCUGCGGCAUAGGGUCCGACAGUAUAAAUGGUACAUCUGGAACAACGGGUGGUGGCGGCGCUACGGGAACAGGCAACGGAACAGCCCCAACACUAAGGCGUAAAAUUGGCACCAGCUUUAAGCUGCCGGAAAACCUGUUAAACAACAAAGAGGACGACAUAAACAAGCUACUGCUGGAGAAACAAAUACAACAGCAAAUUUCCGAAGCAUCCCUACGGCUAGCGAACGAUACCGGCCAGCCAAAGUCGGUACGCCGUACACACAAACAGAAUUACGAAAUGGCCCAGCAGAAGCUGCUUGCGAUUAAUCAAAACUUGAGCGUACUCAAGAAGCGUCAGCAGCAGAAAGAACAGCAGCAAAAAGAUCAGCAAGCACAGCAGCAGGAGAACGAUCAACACCGACCGACGUCACGGGAUGAUAUCGAUCUACACAAAACAGCACAGGUGAAUCGAUUCCGUUCGAACAGUAACAGCAGCAGCAUGUUGAUGCACCUUUCCGAACGACGGAAUUCGAUUAAAUCCAACAACUCUUCCAAUGCGUCGGGAAGUAUUAGCGGACAUCAUCUCUUGCAGCAACAGCAACAUCAGCAGCAACAGCAGAUGUUACAAAUACAAAUUCCUGGAGGACACUAUGUUGUCACGCAACAACAGCAACAACAUCACCAGUGUCCGCCAAUAUCGCCCUACUCGAUACACAGCGGUAUUAUACCGUCCGGAUCGCAGAGCAUGACGUCGGCCGCUUCGGCGGCAAUGAUUUCCCAGCUCAGCAUGUUACGGCACCGUGCCCGUACGGAUAGUUUUCCUGGCAUUACAACGGCAAACUAUGAUUCCGUUUCGACGACCGGUUCCGGCACGACGGAUCCUAGCAUUACGAGUGCUGGUAGCAAUGUACAUCCGCACCAUCAUCAUCCGGCGAGAAUGAACCACCGAUUGAUGCAACAGCAAAUGGGACAAAUGAACAGUAAUCCUUCGCCCGGGUACGUGCUUUCACCAACGACCGUUGGUGUAUCGCCGGGAGGAACCGGUCAAGCAUUUGUUUACGACGCGAAAGUGAUCUCACGACUGCAGGGUGGUGCUAGUACGAAUAAUCCACGCUCACCGCAAGCAGUAUCAACGAUGGCUGCUUAUGGACAAAGCGAGCAUAACUAUUGUCCUCCAUUUGCACCAAACGAUAGGCAGCAAGGGAUUGGCUCGUCGGGGUAUGAUUACGGGACGCACGAACCAUCAUCCGCCACAGCACCGGCCGGUCUUGGCGGUUACUGGAUGACGCUGGAAAAUGGGGAAAAGAUGUGGUGUUCCGUCGAUAGUCGUCAGUUUUCGAGUUUAGACCGUAAGCAGCAGCAAACGGCCAGUGGAGCAAACGGCGGCAGCAUGAAACUUUCCCGGACGAGCACCAAACUGAACGGCUCCGGAAAACCAGUUACGGCGGCGGUGAAAUCUUCCUCCUUGGGGAAUUUCCAAGAGUACAUUGGGAAAUCGCCUUCGCUGGAUGAUAACGACACGCUGUCCGUACAGCCGGAUGCAAUCUCCGUUACUUCUGGUUCGAGUGAGCAUAAAAAGCGCGAGAAAGUGUGGCGCGAAACAUCCCUAGAUAGUCCGGUAGUGAAGCAUAAAGCGCUUCCUCCCGUGCCACCACCCGCUUCAUCGUUGGGUCAAAUGUCACCUUCGUCGAUUGGGAGUGGACAUCUGAUGCCACAAUCGCCUCCAUACAUCCCAUCGAAUCCUUCAACUGCUCCGCUUCACAUUAAUACGAACGUUUCCGGGUACGGUGGACCAUCCUCGCCAUUGUUGCUUUCGCCUCAGCAGAUGCGCUAUUAUCAGCAACGUCAGCAGCAAUUGCUGGAGCAACAGCGGCAACGGAUUAAGCAGCAACAGCAGCAACAAUCGCCGAUGGGUUCGAUAGGAGGAGGAUCAACAGGAGAGCAUUACAGCGCCUCCUACACGUAUCAAACUCAGCAGCCCGAACCACAACCGAUGCCACCGUAUCACUGCCGUCACCAACAUCCUCCACCUCCUCCAUUGCCACCACCUAAUCAGCAUCAUUAUCACCAUUCGCAGCAGCUUCAGAACCGAUUGCAACAUCCUCCAUCAGCACCAGCCCAACCACAGCAUCUUGAUCUCCUGCCACCAAUGUCCUCCCAUCAGCAUUCACCUUCCUCUCAUGGUCAUUAUCGUCCGGGGCAAUCGCAUCACCAGCCCGAUCCAGGCUACUAUCCUCACGCGGGACAUCUCUCCAACACGCUCUCCUCCCGUCAUCCGGAUCUGGUCAUAUCGCCCACCCUCUCGCAAGCAUCUUCCCACACACUGACGUCCGUUGUGCAGGCGCUACCGGUCGUCGGUGGUGUGGAAGAAAAUGGCUUUUCCGGUUCAUCCUCACCGACGCCCUCAUCAGGGAAGUUAGCGUCACAGCAGCAACCCCCACCGUCCGACAUUCAGAUGGAAUCACCGAAAAACAUGACCGUCGUACAGCAGGGCAAAAUUAUGCCUUACAAGGAGGUAACGAAACCGUUCGAGAUGUCCGAUUUCUACAAAUAUUCUACCAAAUAUCGGCAGAAGCAGCAGCAGCAACAGCAGCAACUUCAACAGCCAUCACCGGUAGGGCAGGAUAGUGAGACGGCGGCAGGUGGGGAUGGUCUGCAUAAGGGUAUUUAUCAGCCACCGAAUCGUUCCAUUUGUCAACCGAUCGUUAACCACUACAAUUGA